ACCCGAGAGCCGGAUAUUUCCAUCUGCACCUAUAACCAGUGACAGAAUCUUUUUCUUGCAUUCCAAUAUCAAGAUAAAAUAAUAAAGAUAAAAUCAGUCGAACGGCCUUCUUUUUAGAACUAUUUCUUAUAGCAGCGUAUUUAAACAAAGCACGGGAAAUCAACGUCCGUAAACAGGAAAGACGUCAUGACGUUUCAAAGACAAAUAACAAUGUUUAGUUCCGGUUUUGUUUUAUCAGUUCUGGCGUAACGUUAUGAAUUUUCGAUAAAAUAACGUGUUUUGAAUCGAGAAAUAUACUAUCAGGAACAAAGAGGAACUGUCAAGGUAUUGGAUUUUUAUUCCGUUUCCGAGAUAAAAUAUAAAUAAAUACAUAAAUCUUCUACAUAUAUGUUGUUCGUAAUACGUCAUUUAAAGCACGAGAGUCAUCUUACACCCUGGGGUGUAAGAUGGAUUUUUCUUGCAUACCAGACGGGGAUGUCCGGUAUUUUUACCGGUGCUGGAAAAAUUAGCCUAAACAGUUACCCUCGAGGCCGGAAGUUCCCAUCUGCCACUAUAACCAGUGAAAGAAUCUUAUAUUCCAGCACCGGCAAAAAUACCGGAAAUCCCUGCCUGGUAUGCAAGAAAUGAAUAUCCGUUUAUUCAAUCAGUCGGCCAGGAUAAUGUGAAUUAAGAAUCAGUCAUUCGUUUAUUCUUAUAUUCAAAUAAACCGGCGCUCUUCUUAUUUUUUUUUCAAUUCAUGGCAAUGUAUACUUCCGUCUCAUGCUAAAGUCUUUUGAUAGUCUGAAGUUACGUUACGGCGGAAUAACGGCGCUCGGUGUAUUCGUACUUGUAGAGCCUCAGGGCACAUAUUUGCCGCCACAAAGUCCUAUUACUGUAUUUGUGGUAUGAGCUUUCGUGGGACUCCUAAACAUGUCAGUUGUGAAUAUAAAUGUCCAGGAAACCAGAAUGAAAUCUGUGGAGGUCCAAACAAAAUGUCAGUAUAUGACAUAAGGUUAAUUGAUACGAAAUCAAAACCACCACCAAAAACUCAUACAUUGACAACAACAAUAGAAAGUAUCAACAGCUUCUCUGAACAAUCUAUGUACAAUAAAGCAGAUGUGCAGACACCAAUAUCAGCUAAACAGACAACAAAAACAGCUGUACAGACAACAACAGCAACAAUAGCAGCUGUACAGACAACAAUAGUAGCUGAGACAACAAUAGCAACUGUACAGACAAAAAUAACAGCUGAAACAACCAUAGCAACUGUACAGACAACAAUAACAGCUGAACCGACAACAAUUCGAUCUACGACACCAAACACUUCCAUGAAAACUACAUCCGAACUUACGUCUACUGAUUCAGGACAGGUUGAUCUCGAUACAGGAAGAAGAACCAAUGACCUCGUUUCCGUUUACAUCUCAGUUCCAGUUUUGAUCACGAUUGCGGCUGCAUUUACAGUAGUCAUCAUCUUGUGUCUUAGGCGAAAAGGUCGACAUAUUUAUGACCAACUCGUAUGUUUCAGGCGAAAGAAAGUUACAAACAACAGAUAUCUGUUUAAUUCUGCUGCAGAUGAUACAUGCAAUAUGAACACUUUCAACGACUACAUCAAUUGUUCCCAUCAUUCUCCAAUGGUCGUGCAGAACUCGAGUGCCGAUUUAUAUGCUGAAAUAGCGUUUGGCAGUACAGAGUCUUUACAAACAUCAGAGAAUGGAUAUAGCACUGUCUCUAUUGGUCUACAUCAGGGGCAAUACACAACAGACGUAACCGAAGACGAUAGAAUAUUAGACAGAUAUAGUGUCAAAAGUAGUGACCAGGACGACCGCUCACAGCAUGAAUAUGACAUACUCGAGCAAGAAGGAUACUCUGUCGUACUUGAAUAAAAAUACUAAAUCUAAGGCUUUCUUUCAGCGCAUGCCACAUUUUGUGUGAAAUAAGAUAACGUAAAUGGGAAUACAUCUUAAUACAGAGAAGUCAGAUAUGACAUAAUUGGAAUUGUUUUGAUAGCAACAUUACAUAUUGUGUUUAUAACUGUAGUGAAGAGAGAGGAGAGAGGGAGAGAGAGAGAGAGAGAGAGAGAGAGAGAGAGCGUUUCAUUUGUGUGUUACUGUUGAUUUUUUUCUAAAAGUACAGGUCAUGCGAACAUGAUAACUAAUUUGUUGUAGGUUUUGCAAUCCUUUGCCCUCUUCCUAUCUUUUUCAUGUAUGUUUCAGAAAUCGAAAAUUUGUUUUCCUGAAGAACUUUAUGAUUUUAUUUUCUAUAUCAUCUAUAUCAUUUAGAAAAUGUUUCAUUAAGUUUAAAAAUACAUUCAAACCUUUU